AUGUUUAUCCCGGACCCCAGCCCGGCGCGUAUAUGCAGAUCACCGACCAACCACAUCGUCAAGCCCACCUACUGCAUCUCACAUCCACCGCAAUGGACUGCUAGCUUUGUCUUCCCAUCACAACUCCAGGCGCUAUUCCUGUCCCUCAUGCAGGUUCCUGACCCAGCCCGUAUCCAGAAGAGUCCAUACACAUCCCUUCCUGGUGUCUCUAUCUUCAAGGUUGUCCAAUCGUCGCCCAAUGGCCGCCCAAGAUGGCUUGUCCCGCCCGCGGGCACCAUGUACCAGACCCUCACUCCCUCCUGGUAUAUCACAUACAGCCGCCGCUCUCAGCUCGGAGUCGAUCAACUCUAUGUUGAAUUUGUGUCACAGCACGUUUCGCCCUUUGGUGACGACCGCUAUACGUACAUAUAG